GAAUCAGCCGGGAAGGACCAAUUUUCAAUAACGAAUGUUCCACGGCUGUUGAUAGAGGACUUGGAUGAUGUAUUGGACGAGUGUGACUCCCAGAUGGUGCAGAGGGCAUUCCAGGGAGUGCCAGCUCUCAACUGCAUUCAGUCGACUGUCUUUGAGACUGUGAUGAACAGUCAGGAGAAUGUGCUCAUUUCUGCCCCCACGGGAGCUGGAAAGACCAACAUUGCCCUGUUGGCCAUCCUCAGUAGACUCAGGGAUCACAUAAAUCACCGGAAACUGCCCAUCGAGGAUUUAAAAGUGGUCUACAUCGCCCCAAUGAAGGCCUUGGCUUCCGAGAUUACUGCCAAAUUCGCAGAUCGACUAACCCCGUUUGGAUUGUCAGUCCGCGAGUUGACAGGAGACAUGCAACUGACGAGGAAAGAAGUGUCUUUGACUCAGGUGUUGUCCAAAUGUGGAUAUUCAGGUAUUUGUGGUCACCCCGGAGAAACUGGACGUGGUGUCGCGGAAGGACGUGGACAUUGGAAUGACGGACAGUCUCUCUAUUCUCUCCAAAAUGACUCUCCUUGUCAUCGACGAACUUCAACUACUGGCGGACACUCGUGGAUCAGUUUUGGAGACACUCGUCGCCAGAAUUCUACGACUGGUGGAGAGCAGUCAGCGUGUGAUCAGGAUUGUGGGACUGUCGGCCACUCUCCCCAACUAUUUGGACAUUGCUUCCUUUCUGCGAGUCAAUUUUAGUAGUGGACUGUUCGUGUUUGAUGGGAGGUUUCGUCCUGUGCCCCUCACGCAGUCCCUCGUGGGGGUCAAGACGCAUUUUCCCCGAGAGACUGAGAAGAAUAUAAACCACAUCUGUUUUAACGAAGUCACUCGU